GUGACCCUCAAAAGUCGGUGCAGGACCAGCUGCCUCUCAUCGUCGGUUCGGCCUCUGCAGGUCUGGUGGUCAUUGUUGCCUUGGUGGUUAUCGCUGUUGUCUGCCUUAAGAAGCAGCGCAGCGGCUCCGAGCUGGAGUACACUGAGAAACUGCAGCAAUACAUUUCACCAGGGGUGAAAGUCUAUAUCGACCCUUUCACCUAUGAGGACCCCAACGAUGCUGUCCACGAGUUCGCCAAAGAGAUAGACAUCUCCUGCGUGAAAAUAGAAGAAGUCAUCGGUGCAGGUGAAUUCGGCGAGGUGUGUCGCGGGCGUCUCAAACAGCCCGGUCGCAGAGAGAUGGUGGUGGCGAUUAAGACGCUAAAAGCUGGCUACACCGAGCGCCAGCGGCGGGACUUCCUUGGCGAGGCCUCCAUCAUGGGCCAGUUCGACCACCCCAACGUGAUACGGCUGGAAGGUGUCCUGACACGGAGCUCUCCAGUCCUCAUCAUCACCGAAUUCAUGGAGAACGGAGCGCUCGAUUCCUUCCUCAGGGUGAGCUUGACGGGAGGU